AUGUCGAAAGCGGACGUUCAAUCGGGAACGGUGGCCGGGAUGAGUCGACUAGGCGUCAGCUCAUUGCUUACCCUAGUCGUCCUCCUUGGUGUUUCGUUGCUCGGCUUCUUUUCGCGACUUUUCGCGGUUAUCAGAUUUGAGUCAAUUAUCCACGAAUUCGAUCCUUGGUUCAACUACCGCGCUACGUAUCAAAUGGUGACUACAAACUUCUACGAUUUCCUGAACUGGUUCGACGAGCUGGCCUGGUACCCGCUCGGCCGAAUUGUCGGAGGAACUGUCUACCCUGGUCUCAUGAUCACUGCUGGCGGCAUUCACUACGUUCUCAACGCCCUCGGCUUCACGACUCACAUUCAAGACGUUUGCGUUUUCACCGCUCCAAUCUUUUCCGGCCUUACUGCCAUUGCCACAUAUUUCCUGACCAAAGAGCUUUGGAACGCUGGAGCCGGCCUUUUCGCGGCGGCUUUUAUUGCCAUUGCACCUGGUUACAUUUCCCGCUCCGUUGCCGGAUCUUUCGAUAAUGAGGGAAUCGCUAUUUUUGCUCUUCAAUGCUCCUUCUUUCUCUGGAUCAGAGCUAUGAGAACAGGAUCGAUGUUCUGGGGAAUCAUGACGGCCUUCUGCUAUUUCUACAUGGUUUCAGCCUGGGGAGGAUACGUUUACAUUAUCAACCUCAUUCCUCUUCACGUUUUCUGCCUCCUCCUUAUGGGAAGAUACGAGAGCAAGCUCUACGUUUCCUACACGACAUUCUACUGCGUGGGACAGCUUAUGGCAAUGAACAUUCCUUUCGUUGGUUUCCAGCCCAUCAAAACUUCCGAGCACAUGGCCUCGGCUGGUGUUUUUGCCCUCCUUCAGUGUUACGGAUUCCUGGACUACUUGAGAAGCAAGUUGGGAGAAAAAGAGUUCAAGCGCGCCUUCUAUCUCUUCGUCACAAUUUGCGCUGGAGCCAUCUUUGCUGCUGUCGUUGGUCUCACCAUGCUCGGCGUUGUCGCCCCUUGGUCCGGUCGAUUCUACUCGCUCUUCGAUACUGGCUAUGCUCGAAUUCAUAUUCCCAUCAUUUCCUCUGUGUCUGAGCAUCAGCCAACUAUGUGGACAUCGUUCAUCACAGAUUUGCAUUUCCUCCCGGCCGUUGCGCCCGCUGGUCUCUGGUACACCAUCCGUCAUUACGACUCAGCAAAAAUCUUCCUGGUCAUUUACGCCGCGUUUUCCUGCUAUUUCGCCGGAAUUAUGGUCCGACUUAUGCUGACCUUGACGCCCGUCGUUUGCAUGCUUGGCGGCAUCGCCUUGAAUGUCACAUUCGAUCAUUUCUUUGGUGAAGACAACGAAGACUCUCAGAAAGAAAAGGCCAAGAAAGACGCCAAAAAGUCAGAGGAUACUGAAGAGGAAGAAGCGACUCCUCUUGCGAUCAAACUCACUGUCGUUAUGGCACUUACAGGUCUUCUGUGUCAGUUCGCGGUCCAUUGCACUUACAUAACAUCGAACUACUACUCGUCUCCUUCCGUUGUUCUCGCUUCCAGCCGCCCAGAUGGCUCGCGUAACAUUAUCGACGAUUAUCGAGAGGCCUACUACUGGCUCAGGACAAAUACUGAUGACGAUGCUACAAUUAUGUCAUGGUGGGACUAUGGCUAUCAAAUCUCUGGUAUGGCGAACAGGACCACGCUCGUUGAUAACAACACAUGGAACAACUCACACAUCGCCAUGGUCGGACGGGCCAUGGCCUCGAACGAAGAUGAUGCUUACGAGAUCAUGCAAGAACUUGGAGUUGAUUAUGUUUUAGUUAUAUUUGGCGGUUUACUCGGGUACUCUGGUGAUGACAUCAACAAAUUCCUAUGGAUGGUACGAAUCGCCGAAGGCGAACACCCGAACCACAUCAAGGAAGCAAACUAUUUUAGUGCUCAGGGACAGUACACUGUCGACAAGAGCAUGUCAAAAACGAUGAAAAACUGCCUCAUGUACAAGUUAUCUUACUACAAGUUUGGCGACGUUCGCACACAUGCGCAAAUGUCCGGAUUUGACCGCGUGAGAAACGUGGAAAUCGGCCACAAAAAUAUCAAGCUGAAACACUUGGAGGAAGCGUACACGACGGAGCACUGGAUCGUCAGAAUCUACCGCGUGAAGAAGCCCUCCAACAAGUCGCGCAAGUUGAGCCACAAACUGACGCAGCGGAAGAAAAAGACAAAAGUAGCGCGCAAAGGUCGCAAGGGGGUCCUGAGCACGACCAUUCCAGCCGCCAAGGGCGCCAAUACGAGACAGAAAGCUUCAUUUGAACUUUAA